CAAGCAGCGGCAACACGCAGUUCAGGCAGGAGGAGGCGAGCCCGCCGCGCGCAGCCCGGGGCAGAGGAGCCCGCGCGUCCCCUGCAGGGGCUGGCAGGCUGUGGAGCGCGGGAGCCGGGGCACGCGCCUAAGGAGAGCCGCGCUCCGCACUCCGGCUCCCCUGCCCCAGCGCCCGCCUCCCUUCCCGGCAGGGAGAGCCCCGCCCCGCCCCGCGCCCGGCCAGGCUGGCGGAGGCGGGGCCCGGCCCGGCGGAGCGGUGGCGAAGUUGCACGGGAUGGUGGAAGUUCCGCGGCCGGGGCAAGCGCGGGAGGCCCGGGCUGCGGGCAGGUGAGGCGCGCGGGUCGUCCCCCAGGUGCGCGCGGCAUGCAGCCGGCCGCGGGGGCAUAGCGAGCCCCCCCCCCCGUCCCCGUCCCCGGCCUCGGCCUCUCUGGCGGCGGCGGCGGUCCCAGAGCCCGAGCCGCGGGACCUUCUGCGCAGCUAAUGGCCUGCGCCCUGCUGCUUCUGGCCUGUGGCUUGCUGGCUCAGUGCCAGCAGGAGCCCCAGACCCCGGACUGGAGGAUGACCCUCAAGACCAUCCGGAACGGGGUGCACAGGAUAGACAUGUACCUGAACGCGGCUCUGGACCUCCUGGGAGGAGAGGACGGCCUGUGUCUGUAUAAAUGCAGCGAUGGGUCGAAGCCUCUUCCACGUUAUGGGUAUAAGCUUUCACCGCCAAAUGGAUGCGGAUCCCCGCUAUUUGGAGUUCAUUUUGACAUUGGUAUCCCUUCAAUGACAAAGUGCUGUAAUCAACAUGACAGAUGCUAUGAUACCUGUGGGAAGAAAAAUGAUUGUGAUGAACAGUUUCAGUAUUGUCUCUCCAAGAUCUGCAGAGAAGUACAGAAAACACUAGGAAUAUCAGAGAGUGUACAGGCCUGUGAAUCAACUGUUCAGUUGUUGUUUGAUGCAGUUAUACAUUUAGGAUGUAAACCAUACCUGGAUAGCCAGAGAGCUGCAUGUAUGUGCCAAUAUGAGGACAAGACAGACCUAUAAAAGAAGACACUGAUGAAAGCUUAUGAGCUAGAACUAAGAAAAAGACAGUGUGUACGGAGAGCCAGUGUUUUGUUACAAAGCUGUUUAAUUUCAUUUUCACAAAGCAUAACAAAAAAUGGUUCAAACAUACACUAAAGUAUUUUCCUAUUUUAAAAAACUGCUUAGCCCUCCUACCUUCUGACAUACGCUUGGAGCUUGAAACUGGAAGUAGUUUCCUUCAACAUAUGCCCAUGGGCUUGAGGUAGGGUUGCUCAGAGAAUGCUACUGCAAAAACUACUGGUGUCUUUUGCUUUAAAGCAUUUAAAAAUUGGUGGUGGUGGGGAAUGAAAGGAGCAUGGGAACCGGAUAGACUUUUCAGACUUUUUUUUUAAAGUAGGUCAAGUUUUGGGUUUACUAACCUUUAAUGUUUCUAGUAUAGCUCAACAGGAAAGGAAGACUUUCUGUGUUUGAAAUAUUUUGUGGAUUCAGUAUGUAAUCUUAAAUGUCUUGCACUUCUGUGCUUUUGGUGAAAUAUCACUGUGAUGAAAUGACUUCUGUUUCUCUGCUUCAACUAUGUUACUAUGUUCUCAUAUACAGUAUGUUGAAGGCUAGGCCAAACCUAGAACUAAAAACUGCAUCUUUCUAUCUGUUUUAUAUAUCAAACUCACUUCUGAAGCACUAGUCAGAUCGGAAACACUGGCACUUUUAAGGCUUGAAUUGCAAAAUUGAACAGUUUAGAACUUAGCAAAAUAUGAGGUGAUACUUCUGAUGUGACAACUUAGGGAAGCAUUGCUGUUGUUCUUACAAAUUAUUUCUUAGAGAAAUAUUUUAAUAGAUGUUUAUAUUUUUCAAAUCAAAUUUAUUUUUAUUAAAUGUACCACCCAGCAGAGGCAUUCUAUUUAACAAAGGUGUCUUUAUAUGUAUAGCAAGGAUGGAUCUUAAUUGUCUAAAGAGAAUGAUUUAUAUUUAACUCUUAUAAUGUAGACUGUGUUACUGUAUUCGCUUAUCUUCCUUUUACUUUAUUCUUUGGGGUUUUGUAAAAAAUUAUAAAGAAAAAUGAUUUUUUAAA